AUGGAUGUGCAAGCUACGACUCCACUGGACCCUCGGGUGCUUGAUGCCAUGCUCUCUUACCUUGUCAACUACUAUGGGAACCCACACUCCCGGACGCAUGCUUAUGGCUGAGAGAGUGAGGCAGCCAUGGAGCAUGCUCGCCAGCAAGUAGCAUCUCUCAUUGGAGCUGAUCCUCGUGAGGUCAUUUUUAUUAGUGGCGCGAUCAAAUCUAACAACAUAGCAAUUAAGGGGAUGGCCAGGUUCUAUAGAUCACGGAAAAAGCACUUGAUCACCACCCUGACAGAACACACAUGUGUCUUGGACUCUUGCCGUUCACUGGAAGCUGAGGGCUUUCAGGUUACUUACCUCCAAGUACAGAAGAGUGGGAUCAUCGACCUGAAGGAACUCGAGGCUGCGAUCCAGGAAGACACUAGCCUGGUAGUCAUGACUGUGAACAAUGAAAUUGGAGUGAAGCAGCCUAUUGCAGAAAUAGGGCAGAUUUGCAAUUCCAGAAAGGUGUAUUUCCAUACGAAUGCAGCCCGGGCUGUUGGAAAAAUCCCACUUGAUGUCAACGACAUGAAAAUCGAUCUCAUGAGUAUCAGUGGUCACAAAAUCUAUGGUCUGAAAGGAGUUGGUGCCAUUUACAUCCUUUGCCGGCCCCGUGUGCGUGUGGAGGUCCUGCAGAGUAGAGGGAGGCAAGAGCAGGGUAUGCGGUCUGGGACAGUACCCAUACCCUUAGUGGUGGGGUUGGGGGCUGCGUGUGAGGUGGCACAGCAAGCGAUGGAGUAUGACCAUAAGCGGAUCUCAAAGUUAGCAGAGCGGCUGAUACAGAAAAUAAUGAAGAGCCUUCCAGAUGUGGUGAUGAAUGGAGACCCCAAGCACCACUACCCUGGUAUCAAUCUCUCAUUUGCCUAUGUGGAAGGAGAGAGUCUGCUGAUGGCACUGAAGGAUGUCACCUUAUCCUCGGGGAGUACCUGCACCUCUGCGCCCUUGGAGCCCUCUUAUGUCCUUAGAGCAAUUGGCACUGAUGAGGAUUUAGCACAUUCUUCCAUCAGGUUUGGCGUCGGCCGCUUCACUACAGAGGAGGAAGCGGACUAUACAGUGGAGAAAUGCAUUCAGCAUGUGAAGCGUCUCCAAGAAAUGAGCCCUCUCUGGGAGGUGGUUCAGGAUGGCAUUGACCUCAAGAGUAUAAAGUGGACCCAACACUAGAAGAAUGGGCCCCUGA